AUGGCCACUGAAACAUUCAUACCGGAUGGUAAUCUGGAAGGACAGGUAGCCGAAAUAAUCCCCAGGAAGCUGUAUUUAUGUGCAUUUCGUACCCGGCCGCCACUCAUUUCGGCCGAUUCGACAACACAUUAUUAUUACGUGGAUGAUGAAGUGCAUUAUGAUAGUUUCUAUUCGGAUUUUGGUCCACUGAAUCUGUCGGUGUUGUACAGAUUUUGCCAAAAUCUUGCUGAUAAACUGGAGAUCCUGUAUUUGGGUAUGUCAGCUGAGCUAGCAUAUCUACGGGUGUACAAAGCGGAACCGAAUGGUUUUAUUGGUUUUCGAGAUGCAGCAAUGGGUCCACCAACUUACACAUUGCAUCUUCAUAAUGCUAUCCAUAUCAUGCGCCCGAAAUUUGUGGAUGCCGGUUUCGAGCACGUCGAUCUGUUCUUCGUUGAUGGUUCAGCAGGACUUGGCCGAACCGGCACAUUGAUAGCGUGUUGGCUGAUGAAGGAAUUUGGUAUUACAGCAGCAGAAGCGAUGGCAUGGCUGCGGAUCUGUAGGCCGGGAUCAGUGAUUGGACCACAGCAGGAAUUUUUGAUCGAAAAACAACCGUGGUGCUGGGCAAUGGGCUCCAAAACUGCCACAACACAUCUAACGCAUCUAGCUACGAAGGUGAAUGAAAUUCGUAUUGCUGAAACAGAUUCACAACAACUGGUACUUCCACCACGACCAACAACAUUACGAACAUCGCCAAGAAUCAUGAACGAGGUGCAGAGGAGAAAAGCGGAGGAACAGGAGAAGCAAAGCCAGGGUGACCAUUUGCUGGUACAGAAAGUAAAAGCACAGCAUGCUGCGGCGCCUCAUGCCAAAUUCACAUCACCAACAACUCCAAUCAAACCUCUCUCAGUGGCAAGUAUCAUUACUGCAAAACGUCUCGUACAUAAUAAACACCAAAAUGGCAGCCUCAGCAAACCGUUUCCGAUCUCGCGAGUUACGGUAUCCGCAACUGCGGCGAACACGUCUAGGCCGCUAACAAAGAGCAAAUCUGCCAGAAGGCUUGCAACUGUACGCAGUAAGCCAUAUCCAUGCUCAGAAGUUAAAGUGCACUUACCACCAUCGGCCUAUGAACUAAGGCCACGGGCAAUAAAACCAAGCGAAAUGCUUACAUUCAAAGAUGCUGCCAAGGAUUUGCCACCGAAUUCCGCUGCACUUAUUGGAAAUGUUAAAGCGCGACGAAAUCUUAAUGGUAUUAUGAAUUAA